AUGCAGCGCCCCCCGGCGCUCGUCACCUCCAGGCGCGUGCAGAAUGCCCACACGGGCCUUGACCUGGCCGUGCCACAGCACCAGGAGGUGCGGGGCAGGAUGAUGUCCGGCCAUGUGGAGUACCAGAUCCUGGUGGUCACCCGGCUGGCCGCCUUCAAGUCGGCCAAGCACAAGCCCGAGGACGUGGUCCAGUUCUUGGUCUCCAAAAAGUACAGCGAGAUCGAGGAGUUCUACCAGAGGCUGAGCGGCCGCUACCCGGCGGCCAGGCUGCCCCCGCUCCCCAGGAAGGUCCUGUUCGUCGGGGAGUCCGACAUCCGGGAGCGGAGGGCCGUCUUCCACGAGAUCCUGCGCUGCGUCUCCCAGGACGCCGAGCUGGCCGGCAGCCCGGAGCUGCUGGAGUUCUUAGGCACCAGCUCCGCGGGGGUGGCCGACCCCGGCAGCAGGGGUGUCUGUGCCCUGGACACGGGCAGCCCGGCCGGGGACGAGGGGGAGGCUCCCGACUUCUUCCAGCAGCAGGAAGGCGCCGAGGGGCCGCCCAGCCCUGGCCGCAAGGAGGACGCGGGGGAGUCCUCGGAAGAGGAGGAGGAGGCACUGGACCCCUUAGGCAUCAUGCGCUCCAAGAAGCCGAAAGCGCGCCCCGAGGCAGCUGCGAAGCCCAGGCCCUCGGCCCGGCUCACCCUCUUCGACGAGGCGGCGGACCACGAGGCGGGGCUCCUCGGCCCCCGCAGGCCGCGCUCCGCCGGCGGCCCCGCAGAGCACGCGCCCGCCCGGGACCCCCUGACGCUGUUUGAUGACCCUGACCUCGGCGGGGCCGUCCCCCUGGGGGACCCCUUGCUGCUGCCGGCGGCCCCUGGGAGCGGAGAGGCCUCCGUGGAGCUGUUCAGACUCGAAGAGGACUUGGACCAGAUCCUGAACCUGGGGGCCGAGCCCAAGCCCCAGCCCCCGCCCAAGCCCAAACCGCCCGUGGCGGCCAAGCCAGCAGCGCCCCGAAAGCUGGCGGCUCCCCCGAGAGCCGGCCCGUCGGAGGCCGCGGCCGGGCCCCCGCCGCCGCAGAUCCACGCCAUGGACGAGAUGGACAUCCUGCAGUACAUCCGGGACCACGACGCGCCGGGCCAGGCCGCCCCCAGCCUCUUCUGA